GAUAAGGCUCCUGGCUGUGUGGGGGUUGAGCAAUCAGACCGGGGCUUUAACCAGUGGCCUGAACGGAACUUCCUUCCUCGCCUGACAAAACAGCAGUCUUUUAUAAAUGGGGACUAUGUGGAGCAGCCAGUCGCUGGUUCAGCUUCAGAACGUCCAACACGGUUUCCACCAUCGGCAGCUUCACUAACAUCGACAUCAUGGUCGCUACACGGCUCUUCUGUGCGCUUCUCCUCUGCGCGCUGCAGGAAACGGUGCUGUCGCAGCGCGGACAUUGCAUCGGGAACCAGUGCUUUGCGUUCUUCCAAAGCCCCCUGGACUUUGCAGGCGCGAAGAAAAGCUGCGGAGACUUUGGCGGACAGUUAUUAAGUUCCAUCUCGGAGCACUUCUUGAAGAUCCUGAAGGCUGCGCCCACAGGGAGGUACUGGUUUGACCCAAAAAAAAACGUAAUGUCGGCGGGGGAAGCCCUCCAGAUGUGCCCCUCCAUCUCCGUGUCGAACUCCUCGGUGCUGUGGGAGCCGUGCGGAGGCAGCCUGAGCGGGUUCCUUUGCCAGUAUCCGAUCCAGGAGCCCUGCAGUGAAGUGCUAGCGGGCACAGACAUACAGGUGAAGUACACCUUUGAGGUGGACGAUUCGGAAAAGUUCCCGAUGGGAACCAUCGCUGAAGCACGAAAGGUUGGCGCCAAAUAUCUAGACUCCAAAUAUGUGUGUUCCUCAAACAUUUGGACGCAAGCUCCCUGGGCCUGCGAGGUGUUUCAGGGCGGCUGUGAACACAACUGCAGCCCUACAACACACAGAUGCACCUGUCCUGUGGGGAAAACACUCCACCACAACAACAUUUCCUGCGAGGAAGGCAUGUGCGAGAAAAACCGGUGCGCGCGAGAAGGCGAGCGGUGCCAACUCACCCCGGGAGGACCCAAAUGCGUGUGCAAAGAGGGAUUCGAGAAGGAAGACGGAGUAUGUGUGAACGUGACAAUCUGUGAACAUUGUGAGCACAUGGAUUGUAAGAAAUUCAACGGGGUUUAUGAGUGUGUGUGCAAGGAGGGGUUUUUGGUGUCACCCCACAACCCCACCAGGUGUGAGGUGAUCUGCACGGAGAGAGACUGCAAAGCCACGUGCAUUAAGACAGACAAGGACACGUCUCAAUGUUUCUGCCCCAACGGCUACAUUUCAGACACGAAGGACAACAACCCCUUCUGCACGGACAUCAAUGAGUGUGACAGUGGGCAGUGCGAUCAAAAGUGUGAGAAUUUAUUUGGUGAUUUCAGGUGUUUUUGCUCUGAGGGGUAUUACAUGGAUGAAAAGAAGAACAAGUGUGUUCCCAUUGAAGAAGAGGGAUCAGGCUCUCAUCUUCUGUACCCGACCUCCGCCGGUUCUCACCAGGCCUCAGUGCCCACUUACAUCAAGACGGGCAGCGUCCUGGGCAUCACUUUGUUCGUGGCGCUGUGUGCAGUGCUGCUGUUUUUCCUCAUCCGAAACGCAGUCAAACGGUGCGGCAAAUUUGAGCUUUUCACCUUCAAACACCCAGAUAUUGAUAUGUUCUACCUGCAGCAGGUGACCACAGAGACGUAUAAGAGGCUAUCCUUCGACAAACAGUUUAAAAAUGACUGCUAAAUACUUUAUUUAACGAGUUUAAAGAACUAUGCUGCUCUUACACUUUUUACAAUGUCACUUUCCACUGGUUCAUGAGACACAGGUAAUGCAGCUAUCCACAGGCAGUGUUAACGGGAAUCUGAUUAUGUAUCCAUAACGCUGCACCACACCACACACUGUAAAGUCAUAGAUAUUGGACUUGCUUUCUGAAUGUAUUAUAGAUCGCUUUACGGAAUUGUUCCCACUGUAAUUUGCCCAAUUCUUAUGAGCCUUGUUGUUACAAAUGUAGACAAAUGAAAACAUUUCUUUCUCAGUAAGGCCAGUUUACUAAAUAUGACAAAGUCUAAUAGCAUUUUCUGUAUGAUACCUUUUAUAAUCAUGGAGUGUUAAUAGAUUAUGUUACUACAGAAUGAUUUGUUACUUUUUUGCUGUAAAACACACUGUGUCCUGAUACUCAUACACACAUUGCAAAUGUAAUGUAACAUUCCACAUGAUGAUUACACUGUUUGUAUACUACAUCAGAUAUUUAGGAUUUUUUUAGAUUUUGGUAGAAUAACAUUUGAAACUUUAAGUAUACAAAAAAGUUGUCUUUAGUGAAGUGCACAUUAUUUUAGUGCUUUUUUUAACAGAGGGCUAAUGACUCACCAUGACGAAUGUUUGCUAAUGUCAUAUGUUAUGUGAUGCAUUUGGAUUUAUGACAUUUGAUACUAAUGCUCAGUAUGUGUAGGUUUUGUCCGGACCUAUUUGUUUUGGGAUGUAUUGGUUGCUAUAGGAACUGUUUUUGAUGCAUAUAAGUAACUAAUGCCAGUGAGUAAUUUCUGACCAUUUCACAUCAAUCAAUCAAUGUUUAUUUAUAUAGCCCAAUAUCACAAAUGUUACAUUUGUCUCAGUGGACUUCACAGUGUGUACAGAAUAUCAGUAUGACAAUACGACACCCUCUGUCCUUAGACCCUCACAUCGUACAAGGAAAAACUUCCGGAGAAAACCCACAGUUUUAAGGGAAAAUGGGAGAAACCUCAGGGAGAGCAACAGAGGAGGGAUCCCUCUCCCAGGACGGACAGACGUGCAAUAGAUGCCGUGUGUAAAUCGAAGAGAUAAUACAUUUGCAACAUAGGUAGUCCAAAUGUUUGGAAAUGCAUGCAUUCAUAUACUUGACGUGAAUCAUUUAACAUUCUAAAAUUUACGAAGUUCAUUUUUUUUUAAGCGUAAGGAAAUACACUAGAGCUAAAUACAUUUAAAUCCAUAGUUGUACAACUUGAAGCAAGGAUUCUCCACUCCAGUUGUAUUGCUAUCUUUAUUCUAAAGGUUUUUACAGAAGGGAACAUUCUCAUUUUAUUCAAAGCCUAAGUAAUAUAACAUUGUAUUUAAAAAAAUGUAAUGGCUGUUGAAUAUUUACUGGUUUAUGGAACACUCAAAAGAGAGAUCAUACCUUCUGUAAAAAGAGGCUUGAGUGACUAAACAAUGGAUGUGAAACUAUGCUGCUAUUAUGUCAAUGUCCAUGCAACACAUUUAGAUAAGACUUGUGAACUGAACUGAAAAAAUAACUACCUUCUUUGCAUUGUCACGGUUCUCUUUUUCUCCUAAUGAUAUAUACUGUACAUUUUAGUCAUAGAGUUGGGUAAUAAUAAAGGUUUGGAGUAAAUGUGAUAGAUUGACAGGAUUUUUCAUAAACAAAUCUGUGUUCAUGCAUUUUGUCCGAUAAUCAACAUAUUUUAAGUUUUUAUUGUCUUAUCCUCUACCAUAUUGUGACGUCUUUUGUAGAGUGUUGGGGAAAUAAAUGACAUGCAACGAUAAUGAAAUUACAUAUUAAAUGUCAUUUCAAUCAGUUAUUGAUUAACAAAAUGCAAUUAAAUGACAAUAACCAAUG